AUGGCGCUCCAAGUCAACGGCAAGACAGCGCUCGUAACUGGAGGAGGAAGUGGCAUUUGUCUCGAGUUCACUAAGCUUCUCCUGGAGAAAGGAUGUAACGUCCUGAUCGCGGAUCUUAAAUUAACUCCUGAUGCCGAGGCAAUUGUGUCUUCAACUGGAAAAGAAGGAGAAGGGGAUAAGAAGAAAGCCAGAGCUUUGUUCAAACAGACAGAUGUGGCGGACUGGACUCAGUUGCAAGCCGCAUUCGAUGAGUGCAUGAGCCAGUUCGGGAAUUUGGAUAUUGUUUGUCCUGGUGCUGGGAUUUUUGAACCUCCAUGGUCCAACUUCUGGCACCUGCAAAACACUGUCGAUACAAUCGACACCAAUUCAUACAAAACCCUAGAACUAAACCUCACCCACCCCAUCCGAGUCACCCAACUAGCACUCGAUUAUUUCAAACACCAGAACCAUGGCCACGGAGUCGUGAUCUUGGUAUCCUCUGUGGCGGCACAAAGCAUCGCCUUCCCAGUUCCACUCUACGGAGCCAGCAAAGCCGGGAUCUCGUCCUUUACCCGUUCUCUGGGGCUCCUAGAGCCGAAGCUCAAUAUUCGAGUCAGUGCCGUUGCACCGGGAUUGGUUAAGACGCCGCUGUGGACGGAGGAUAAGUUGAAGUGGUUUGAGGAGGCUGCUGGUGACGAGUGGGUUACGACUGAGGAGGUUGCGAGUGCGAUGUUGGAUAUGGUGGAGAAGGAGGAGUAUGUAGGGGGAACGGUGUUAGAGGUUGGGAAAGGGGCGAGGAGGAAGGUCGAGAAUGUUAAUGAUCCCGGUCCGGAUAGGGAGAAGGAAGGGUAUAGAGCGAGUGGUGUUGUACAGGCAGUGGGGAGAGUGUUUGGCUCGAUUGAGAGUGAGUUUGGGAAGUGA